AAAGUCGGUCAGUGACACCGCUGGAAAGGAACAAGUCUCACAGCUGGGGGUUAUCGAAGCUGAAGCUGGAAAUCCCCGCCAACUAAAUACUUCAAAACCAGACAUCUCAUUCGAGUGGCUUCACCAGAUUCAUAGUUUUUGUUCUAAAGCAGAAACCGUGUUACAGUCUGGACUUGGCCCAACUUCAGAGGAAAGACGUUUUAUUUAAUAUUUCCAAGUGCAUGGGCCAUAAAAAGGUUGAAGUGCCGGGAACUCACGGCAGCGUUUUAUACUGGUGGUGGUAAAUGUGCAUUUCAAAAUAAACUCGAUGACAGGGCAAGCUGCUUUUUUCACAUUUCCGGGUCACAUUCAGUCGUGGGAAUCGCUUGCUGGGGUCUUUCAGUUGACAUCUGAGUCCCGGGGACUGUCGCUUUGCCGAGUUCACCACGAGGUUUUCUGCGCUUGGGCCAAACGGAGAGACUGCAGCGGCACACAGAGACCAAGAAACCAUGGGCCUUGUUUAUCUUGGAGCUCACGGACGCACACCUCCAACUGGAAAACCAGACAUGAGCGGUUUGUUGAAAUACCUCUUUGGUUGCUUCAUCCUGUGUCUGCUGUUGCAAGGCAAGACACAUAUGACAUCAGCAACAAUCAGCAAACCAAAUGAGACAAUUGGCAUCGAGAAGCAGAACAUGACUCGAGAGCGGAACAGUACAUUAGCUCAGCAGUUAUCCUUUCCGAUGGAAGAUCCCACUAACUGGAACUAUGCGAUAUUGGCCCUUGCAUUUGUGGCCCUGUUUCUGGCAUUCCUCAUCCUGGCACGAAACUCCAGAGCUAACAGGACACGAAAGAUGAAGGCAUUGAACGGAGCAGCGGGCAGGAAUGAAACGGAGGCAGACUCGACACAGAAGGCAAUGAUGCAAUAUGUUGUUGAGGUUGACAAUCUUGCUGAAACAGACCAGGUGCUACAGAGCAAGCCGACGUACAUCUCCCUGAACCAGGUGACACAGACCUCAUCUCCAAAGGUCCUCCCAAAAGAAGGACAGAUCCUGGUCGAAUGGAAGGAUGGAAAUAUUGACUUCCUUUACACCGACAGCAAGGAAGAUGAUGUGUAGCAACCAGCUACAGGAGGGUGGUUGGCCUAAAUCAUUCCAUUACAAGAGUUAUUGACAUAUCUUUAUAUGUGUUUCUUUAUAAAUAAUCAGGUAACAAUCGGUUUAUGGAGUGGGGAUAAGCGGGUAAAGCAUUGGGGUGGAAAUAUGCCUCUUGGAUUAUUGCUGGGAAUAUUAUUAUUCAUAAUUUACUCAGGAUUUGGAAAUAAAAUGUAAAAAUUGGCAUGAAAACCAA